AAGUUGUAGUAAGUCGUGUUUGAGCCGUGCUACGAGUCGCACGUACGCCCUUUCGUUGCUCCGCGUGUGUAUUGUUCUAUUUUUAAGUGGCUUUAAUUAUUGUGAUUCCGUGCGUGCGGGAAUAGAGAAGACAAUAGUGACUGUCGUCGUUGUUGAUUGUAGACUGCUAUAUUGUGGCUUUUCGAUAGAACCAAUCGUGCCGUAUGGUCGCUAACAAGCUUUAAUGACCGGUGGUAAUUGAAUUAAGCAGCUUGCGGUGCGCACUUGAGUCUUGAGUCUGGUUUGGGAAGCAGCAAAAAGUGUGGUCCGAGUAAAGCUCUUAAUAGUGUUCGUGUCUGCGAUGGAACGUCCCAUCAGUGUAUCCAAGAAGUAAAUCUCGACUCUGGUCUGGCCAUCGUCUUGGUCUUGGUCGCCGGUUCUUCGUAUCGAAGAUCUUCUGGAUCUUGGUGGCGUACGUGUGCUGUUGAUGGAAACCGUACAUGUGUGGUGCCUGCCGUCAGCCCUCGAGAAUGGUGGUGUUCAAUCAGUCAGUGUGUUGUUUAGUUAGUUAGAUAUUUGGUUUUAUUGGAAGUUCAAUAUAUGUGAGCUGCCAAGGAUGGCCGUAGCAAAAUACGAGCUGUAAAAUAAUCCGGUGUGGGGAAGGAUUACGAGAUUUUCUGUUGAGAGAUUUCAAGGCGGGAUUGAGGUUUCGAACAACUUGUGCAAUAAACCAGAGACAGUGCUGUGAUCUCUCGAAAGCCAAUUUAUAUGGAUGCUCAAUUCUUAAGCUUAUCAAAGGAUUUCUAACUUUUAUUGAUACACCUCAACCACACAUCCAAGGCGGAGUGAAGCGUAACUCCGUACUCCGCACACUUCAGAUUCAACCGGUCCUUGCAUCGAGUCUUCCGUAUACACACAGGUCACUCACGCGAUCAGCGUACAACACCCUCGAAUCGCACCCGGAAUGAACCCAGCUGUGCCGAACUCAAGAAUCGACGAAUAACAGAACAGAAAAUCAUCAUAACAAGAGAUCUUCUACCAAGUCCGUAGACCGUAGUGCGAAGAAGGAUGUGUGCGCGAGCGAAGAAAAGUUUCGACUGCAAACGAGAGAAGUUCUAAACAAGAUCGCUACCACACAUCUGGAGAAGAACCCCGGGAGAAGACGGUAUCGUGUCGAUCGUGUCCCGUGCGUUUCGAAGAAAUUGGUGCGUUUUUAUAGUUUUCCUUCGGUUUCCUCUUGUUUCGACGUUUUGACAAGUGCCUUAUACGCCUCAAAACAUACAGCGAAGAAUUUUACGAUUCGGUUGAAAAGCGAAAAGUUUUAAGGAAGUAUCAUUCAGAGCAAGAAUAAGGUGAAAAUUUGGGGGUGAUUUCAUGAGCGAAGGUAGAAGAAAAGGUCGAUAGCUAAGCUACAUGUGAAGAAGAAUUCCCAAUAGUUGUUGUGUGUCGCCUGGUUUGGCCAGGCUAGUUAACGUGCGUGUUUCUUUUGGCCGUUGGGUAGUCAGAGGCUGAGAAUGACGAGAUGGCCUACGGGCCGAAGAUUUCGCGAUUGUCGCGAGCAGCUGAAUGUCGUCGACGCCCGGCGUCGUUGCUAGUGUCCACUAGCUCAACUGGCCGGUUCCCGUGGAUGCUGGUGCUGAUGCUGGUACUGAUUGGCGGAGGUGGACCAUUGCUGUCGACUUCGAGUACAGGUUUCGCCAAUGCAUUCACGAACCAGUUGCUCUACACCACGUACAUCGACAUUCGGCUGGCGAAUGUCACCAUCCAGCAGAACACCACCUGCUCGGUGGAGAUCCUGGUCAAGGAUCUGAACGAGGCGUCCGCCAUGGACUUCUACUACGAUCGGGGCCUGGUGUGCUUCACCGAGCACAACUCCGAGACGAUCCAGUGCGCCCAGAUGCGGGGAGAUGGGGCGCCGCAGGCCACCGUCAACAAAACAGCUGUGAUAACCCACGGGCUGGACAAGCCCGAGGGUCUAGCGAUAGAUUGGUAUACCGAUAAGCUCUACUGGACGGACGGCGAGACGAACCGCAUCGAGGUCGCGACGCUGAACGGAAAGUUCCAGAAGGUGCUGAUCUGGAGUGAUCUCGAUCAGCCACGUGCCAUAGCUCUAGUACCUGCCAGGCGGUUCAUGAUCUGGACCGAUUGGGGCGAAAGUCCAAAGAUUGAACGUGCCAGCAUGGAUGGCGAUCCGCAAUCGAGGGUGGUGCUGGUGCACGACCGGAUAUUCUGGCCAAACGGAUUGGCCGUUGAUCUGGAAAAUGAACUCAUCUACUGGGUUGAUGGGAAUUUGCACUUCUUGGAUGUGAUGAACCUCGACGGCAGCAAUCGGAGGACCCUGGUCAACAACCUAGACUACCCUUAUAGUUUGACCUUCGCACCCAACUACCUCUUUUGGACCGAUUGGCAAGACGGAACCUUACAUUAUUACAACAUAGCCACCGAAAAACACGAAAAAAUUUUGGACAGUCCCGUCGUCCCAAUCACCAUCCACGCAUGGGACCCCCGUCUUCAACCGGCAGCAGAUAACCCCUGCCGGAGAAACAACGGCGACUGCUCCCAUCUGUGUCUUCUUUCAACCAACAUGGCGGGGUAUAGCUGCGCCUGUCCCACUGGGGUCAAACUACUCAGCCGGACACAGUGCGCCGAUGGUCCGCAAGAUAUGUUGUUCGUGGUACAACGAACUCAAAUCAGUCGGAUAUCACUGGAUUCGCCGGAUUAUACCAGCAUUCAGUUGCAGUUGGGGAAGGUACGGUACGCGAUCGCCAUAGACUACGACCCGGUGGAUAACUACAUCUAUUGGUCGGACGAGGGAUCGAACGCAAUAAAGAAGGUACGACCCGAUGGCACGGGUAUGGUCGAAGUUGUCAACACGGAGAUCCAGAGCCCUGAUGGACUGGCGGUGGAUUGGUUGGCGCGAAAUUUGUAUUGGACGGAUACCGGAACUGAUCGGAUACAGGUAUGCCGCUUGGAUGGGUCGUUCAGGCGGGUGUUGAUCUACGAGCAUCUGGAAGAACCGAGGGCAAUCGCGUUGGCACCGACGCUGGGUUGGAUGUUCUGGAGUGACUGGAGUGAGAAAGAUCCGAAAAUUGAGCGAGCUUCGCUAGACGGGACGGAACGGGUGUUGAUCGUUCAGCAGAAUUUGGGUUGGCCCAAUGGGAUUGCUUUGGAUGUGGAGGCGAGGAAGAUCUACUGGUGCGAUGCAAAGAUGGACCGGAUCGAGGUCGCCAAUAUGGACGGAUCCGGUAGGAAUAUUAUCCUGUCGGACAAUUUGCCGCAUGCGUUUGGAUUGAGCCUGUUGGGUGAUUAUCUAUAUUGGACUGAUUGGCAGAGAAGAUCUAUUGAUCGAGCAAAUAAGUUGAAUGGAAAUGAUCGAACAGUUAUCGUGGAAGCAUUCCCUGAUUUGAUGGGUCUAAAGGUCGCGAAGCUUGGUGAUGCGAAAGGCAACAAUCCAUGUGCAAUACGGAACGGAGGUUGCUCCCAGCUGUGUCUCAACCGACCGAGGGACUACGUCUGCAGAUGUCAGAUCGAUUACGAGCUGGAUCGCGACAACAGGACUUGCUUCAUACCAUCUGCGUUUCUGUUGUUUUCAAGACACGAUACGGGAAGCAUCGGAAGGAUUUCCAUCGAUAGUCACAACCAUACGGAUUACGCUCCGUUUAGAAGUGUGAUUGACGCCCAUUACCUGGACGUCGACAUAGCCGAUCGGAGAAUUUACUGGGCUAGUCAAAAGCAGAAGCACAUUUCCCGAGCGUACAUCAACGGCUCGAACGUGGAGAAAAUCGUUGAAUCCGGAUUGAUUCAACCGGAAGGGAUCGCUGUGGAUUGGCUUGCUCACAACAUCUACUGGACGGAUGCGGAAGCUAGACGGAUCGAGGUGGCUAGGCUGGACGGAAGCAGUCGGCGGAUCUUGAUCUGGAAGGGGAUAGAAGAACCGAGGAAUCUGAUCCUAGAACCACGUCGAGGAUUGAUGUAUUGGGCAGAAUGGCCUUCGGAUUCUAUCCGUCGAGCUGUGAUGGACGGAAGUGAGUUGAAAACCAUCAUUUCGGGAGCCAACCUUGCGACUGGGUUAACGCUGGAUCCGGACACUCGCCGUCUGUAUUGGGCCUGUCAGAGUUCGCCGAUUGCUAUUGAAUCUGCCGAAUGGGACGGCACCAAACGGAAAGUUCUUGUGACGGCAGAUUCCGACAAUCCGUUUGUUCCCCACGCCGUGACCUUAUACAAGGACUACGUCUACUGGAGCGAUUGGAAUACGGGAGAGAUCGAGCGCGCCAACAAGACCACCGGCUUCAACCGUACUCUUGUCCAUACGAACCUGAAGUACACCAAUUCGCUAUUAGCAUUCCAUCCGUUCCGCCAGUCCGGAUCGAAUCAAUGUCGAACCAACAAUGGAGGUUGUUCGCAUCUGUGUUUGGCGCUGGGUCAACGGAAGAUGACUUGCGCUUGUCCGACGCACUACACCUUGACAGCGAAUCGCGUAUCCUGUAGUCCACCGAAGAACUACAUCAUCUUCAGCCAGCGGAAUUCGUUCGGACGGUUCAUGCCCAACACAACCGAUUCGCCGGAUGUGCCUCUGCCGGUUACGGGGAAGAACAUCCGCGCCGUGGAGUACGACGUUGUGACGCGUUACGUCUACUGGAUUGACGGUCGGGGUCCCAUUAUCCGACGGGCGUUUGACAACGGUACCAGCGCCAAGGUGUUCAUCGACCCGGCUUCAUCCCCGUUCGACAUGGUGAUCGAUCCGAUAGGGCGACUGCUGUUCUGGAGCUGCUCGCAUACCAACACCAUCAACAUUACCACUUUGGAUGGCGAAAUCGACCGCAUUGGGAAUGUCGACAUCGGCAACUCUGAGAAACCACGUAGUUUGGCGUUACAUCCGACCAAGCGGUUGCUGUUCUGGACAGACGUCGGUACCGCGCAAUCCAUCAUCCGCGCCAAACUUGACGGGACGCAGCGGAAGGAGCUGAUAUCGCGGCUCGAAGGAAUCACGGCGUUAGCGCUGGAUCCAUUGACAAAUCGACUGUUUUAUGCCCACGGCAAACGGAUCGACAUGAUGGAUAUCGACGGCAAGGAGAUCAAACCCCUGGUGACCGAACACAUCAGCCUGGUAUCCUCCAUUGCUGCUCUGAAUGGAUACAUCUACUGGUUGGAUGAGCGUCCCGGGAUGGAGCGAAUUUCCAUGAUCGGUGAAACCCGUCGUACGGAGAUUCAGAAGAUACCGCACAUCACGGAUAUUGUGGCCGUAUGGACACCGGAACCGAGGAUGCUGCGAAAUCACACGUGCAAUUCGGCACGCGCCAAGUGCAGUCACAUCUGCAUCGGUGCGCCGGACGACGUCAAGGGUGAAGACGUCUGCGGAUGUCCUCAGGGGUUGAUGUUGAUGAAAGAUCGACGGAGCUGCGGAGCGCUGCCGGUGUGUGGACCGGAUCACUUCACGUGUGCGGUGACGUUCUCCAGUAAUGGCUUAGAUGGAGACAACAACAAGGACUGCAUUCCGGUCUCGUGGCGUUGCGAUGGACAGAAGGAUUGUCCGGAUAGGUCCGACGAACUAGAUUGUCCGGCUUGCGGAGCGGAUCAGUUCAAAUGUCAGUCUGGGGAGUGCAUUGACAAACAUCUGGUUUGCGAUGGAACGACUCAGUGCUUGGAUGGGUAUGAUGAAGCGGUUUGCUGUAAGCAUCCGGAAGACUUCCAGUGUCCAACGAGUAAGGUCUGCAUUUCGUACCACAAUAUUUGCGAUGGCGAUGAGCACUGUGCUAAUGGGGAAGAUGAAGCCCCGGAGCUUUGUGCCGAGUAUAAUAAUAGGAGGAUGGCUCCCAGUGGCAGUAAAAUUACUAUGCUGAUUGUGGUAGUCAUAGCGGUGGCUGUAGUCUUCAUAGUGGUCUACCUCCUGCAGACCUGCAGGUCCCGAUUUGGCGCUGGAUCUUCGGAGCCCAAGGAAGAUCAAGCAGCCGCACCACUCUCUCCAGGCGGUCUAAACAAGAAUAUCCGUGUGUCCAAGCUGACCUCCGUGGCAGACGCUGUCCGGAUGUCCACGCUCAACAGUCGCAACAGUACCAAUAGCUACGACCGGAACCAUAUCACCGGAGCGUCCAGCUCCACGACCAACGGAAGUAGUCUGAUUGGAUAUCCUCUGAACCCGCCUCCCUCGCCAGCCACGACAGCGGGUUCUGCCCGGUACUCCUCGAACUAUCACCCGUACAAACACUACAAAAUCAUCAAUCAGCCUCCACCGCCAACACCCUGUUCGACGGAUGUCUGCGACGAGAGCGAUUCCAACUACACGAGCAAAAGCGCCCGAAGCAGGGAUCGCAUCGGCGGGAUGGGAGGUGGAGGAAGUCUCGGAGGUGGAGGCACCAGUAGCAGUAGUGGCCGCGGCGGCACCAGUGGCAAGUACAAAAACAAUAGCAAUAGCGAUCGGUACGAUUCGGAACCGUAUCCGCCGCCUCCGACGCCUCGGUCACAUUACCACAGCGACGUCGGGGGAAUGCUCCCGGAAAGCUGCCCACCCUCGCCGAGUUCCAGAAGCUCGACGUACUUUUCACCACUACCUCCACCGCCUUCGCCGGUUCCGUCGCCAUCGAGGGGUUACUCGUAGCGGUAAGUUCAAAUUUGAGGUUAGGAUUUCUACGGCUAUUUUUGUUAUAGCAGAUAUUUUAGGACAUAAACCGUCGCGAUAGGAUAUAGUUUUAUGUACAUAUUUAUUUACUCAUGCCGCCAAACAGACUGCAUUGUUCAACGGUAGCAAUAUUAGGGUUACAGUGGUCCACCCUUAUUUUUAAGCAGUGCGGAUUGCCUACAUUUUUUCUAGGCAGCUCAACUGCAUGACUUCCUCGACAGUAGUCUUCCAUCGAAAUUCAUUGACCUUAUUCGAACCCGCAUUCGAAUGAAAAAAAAACAAGUGCCUAUUAGAUUUAAAAUUAGAAAAUUUGACCCUAAUUCAUCAGAUUUUGUGUCACAUUGAUGGGUUAUUUUUGUGUAAAUAAUUUUACCUAAGUCAAAAUAACUAAACUAUGAUUUCAUGGCAACUACCUAUUAGUACUGUUUGCAUAAUUUUCUGAUCAUGUCCGAUGCAAUAAAGAGCACAUUUUCCCCUCAAAAAGUACAUCUAACAAUUGUUUCCCAUAUACAUAAAACUCAUUUUAACCGUAUUGUACAAACAUAGCAUAAUCUAAGUUUAAAACAACCCUCGCAGUGAGUCCUUUAUAUUUGUGUGAGUAUAUGAGCUUCCCAUGUGAAACAAAUGCUUUCAUCUUCCCAAUCCCUAACAUUUCAUUUCAUAUGCACCAAAAAAUAGUUAAAUCACCGAUUUGCAGUAGUUGUCCACGCGAGACGGGAAAGUGUGCUCAAAAGACUGACUUAAGAAGUGCACGUUCACUGUGGUUAUUUUAUGAUAACGAGAAUCAACGAAGGCAGCCUACACAUCUAUACACAAAUCAUUUAUAUUUGAACGGAAAAAUAGAACCUUGUUGAAACAUUAGGUAGAAUACGUGUGUAAAUUAUAUAGCUUUAGCUAUAGUUAAUAGCCAUGUUUGCCUUCCAGGCAAACAGUUAGGAUGCCUCUAGAACCGAGCUUACAGUUUGAAAACAACAAUUCUGUUGAUGAGAAUAGGAUACUUGUUUAGAAACAGGAUGGAAGAGUAAAAGAGAAUUAUAGUUUUUUAAUUGUUGUACAAAAAUAUACAGAAAAUGAUGUAUUAGAGAGUUUGUUUUUCGUCCAUGAAUGAUGUAUUAGA